AUGAGGGUUACAGGAGUGCGACCCCUUUUUAUACUGCUGCGUAAAAAGCAAAUGAAUUCAUCUGUCCCAGCUUUAUUUGCAUUUGGGGAUUCUCUAGUAGAUGCGGGUGAUAAUGCUCAUGUUGGUUAUCCUUAUGGUGUUGAUUUUCCUGGAGGUCAAGCAAGUCGAUUUUGUAAUGGUCGUUUGCUUGUUGAAUAUAUUGCUUAUUUCCAAGCUGGAAAUAAUAUUCUUCAAGGUGCAAAUUUUGGUUCUGCUGGUUCUGGAAUCCUUUCACAAACUCAUACGGAGAAGUUGGAGAAGCUUUUACUUCGCUUCUGGUGGCAUUUGGAAUCUUUGAUCCAGCAGCGGCAAGCCCCACCCCAAGGAAGAGAAUUCUGA